AUGGACAGCACCUACCUGAUCUCUCCCGGCGAAGGGGCGAACACCACCCUGCACUGGGUAACUGCAGGCAACCACAGUUUGGGAGAACUGAGCUGGAAGGAGUUGGAAAAGCUGUUCUUCCUUUUCGCCAAGGAGCCUGUGACCAUCAGCCUCACAGCACUCUACCUGCUCUCCUUUUCCGUUGGAUUAGCUGGCAACACCGCUUCGCUGUGGUUUCUGCUGUCUGGGGAGAGACGCAGGGCUGGACGCUCCGGGACAGCUCCGGAAGGUCCCAGUCCCACUCGCCGCCUGCUAGCCAACCUAGCGGUGUGUGAUCUACUGGUGGUGUGCGUCUGCAUGCCUAUGACCGUGGGCAACUUGCUCUACAAAGUCUGGGUCUUCGGGGACUUCCUGUGCCGCGCUGCACCCUUCGUGCAAGCGCUAACGGUGGCCGCCAGCGCCCUGAGCCUCACUGCCAUCAGUCUGCACCGAUACUACGGCGUCCGGCGGCCUCUGCGAGCCCGAGCUUCUUGCACCCGCGGCCGCGCCCUCGCCACAAUCCUCUCCGUCUGGGUAGUGUCGGCGGCUAUCUGUCUGCCCUUGGCCUUUGCCAACCGGCGGGAUGAGAUCGGGCAGGAGAAGGGGCUGCCGCUGGCCUUCCCCAUCUGUCGCGAGGUGUGGCCUAGGGCGCGGCUGAAGCAGGCCUAUAGUUGCGUCCUCUUCGGUUUGCUCUACUGCCUGCCUGUGAUCUUCAACCUGGCCUUGGGCUGGCUGACAGUGAAGAGACUCCAAGAUCCACCUGGAGCCUGGGCUCGACGCCCCAGGGAGGGUGCCGGGCCCUGGCCAGAGUCACUGAUCCUGCCGGCUUCGAGGCUAAAGGUGAGGCAGCGAGUGGCCCACAUGGUAAUUGCUCUGGUGGCCCUGUUCGCUGUAACCUGGCUGCCAAUCUACCUGCUGGACAUCUGGAUCGAUUUCCACAUGCCGGAUUUGUACCCCAAGAAGCCUACUGCACCCUGGGUUCUGCAGCUCAGGCCUUUCGCCCAGUGGCUGGGCCUCACCAACUCCAGCCUGAAUCCAUUCUGCUACUGCUUCGUGGGGAACCUGGCCCGCACAGCCCGCCAGGUGAGGCACCAGUACCGCAAGAGACUCAGCUCCUUGUUCCGACCUUCAAUCUCAGAGGGAACUCCCUUGAGGGAAGGGGGUAUGGAGGCAGCAGGCAGGGAUACAGCUCCCUCCACGGGAGGUUUCCCAGCAAGAGGCUACUGGGGGAAUGAAGGAGCAAGUUCCCUUUUGACAGUUCCCCCUUCCUACCAAAACCCUUAG